CAAUUUGACAGCCAAAACAACACGGACGGGUUUGUUUACAUGUUGUGCCGUUGAUUUUUUUUGGUACCAGCAAGCAACACGUUUCUUAGUGCACCGAUAUGGUCGAUUUAAAUAGUUUAACGUUAAAGUUUAACACAAAACUCGAACCAGCCUUCAGUUUACCACAAUCCUGCUACAUUUGGCCGAAAGCAAGUGAACGAAAUCAAUGGACACUGUUUCCUGGAGUGCCGGCCGAAUGCCGUCUACAGAAUGGUCGCCGAUUGCUAUGGCGCGUCUAUUCGCACUUGGAUCGAAAUUCUACGCACCGAGAAGCUUACUUUGCCUACCAGACGGUAGAAUUGGAAAGAGAAGCCCUGGCGAGCGACAUCGCCAGUGAAGAAAACAUCCUGGUGGAGAUACGACCAAUACAACCAGCGCCAGAAGACUUCCAAGCAGUGACCGUCGACGUUCUGCUGGAUUGUUCGCGUCUUAAAGUGGAUCUACUGCUGACGAAAGAGUGCCUGGCAGACACAUUGGCCACAUUUCUUAAUAGAACGUUCUUCUGUAAAGGUUGUCGGAUCGAUUUUACCGGCUGCCUUCGUGACAGAAACAUGGGAAUUUGUGGUGUUUAUGUGAAGGAAACACAGGGACCAUCCGUGUACGGUGAAGUGGACCGGCACACGGUGAUAAAAAUCGACCAAAUACUCUACCACCCGGCAACGCUCACACAGAAACCAUUGGGAGGCAUCGACGGUGUACGGGAGCAACUGGAAGCAGCCCUAACCGAAAGCCGCUCUCUGCUCCUAAUCGGGCCGAGUGGAUCCGGCAAGUAUAGCUUGGUGAAAUCGGUUAUCAGUGAGAGAAAUCUCCCGCUGUUUGAAAUUCGCGGACUGCACUUUCUCCGAUCGUUGCCCGGGGAAACGGAAGCGGAACUGCGGCAAACGUUCCUUCGAUUGCGCCUCUUCCAGGAGCUCAUCGAGCGGGAGAAACCCGCCAUUCUGCUGGUGAAAGAUAUUGAUACCAUCUGUCCAAAGAUUGGUGCGAAGAAAGGUGAAGACGUCGUCAAUAUCGCGCGGAUCGCAUCGCAGUUUGUAUCGCUCGUCGAUCAGUACAGGGAGUCGGCGGAGAAUGUUAUCAUCAUCGGGACAACGUCGAGCGUGGAAAGUAUGGACACGCGCCUUCGCCGUCCCGGCCGGUUAGAUAAGGAAAUUACUCUCGGCAUCCCGUCGAAGGAGCAACGGAUUGAUAUAUUACGUUGCUUUUAUGCCACUGCGCGAGGUACGCUCACCGACGAACAGCUGGACCUGGUCGGACAACGAACGGCGGGCUACGUUGGGGCAGAGCUGGAGCUGCUCUACUACAAUCUCGUACGGGAGAUGCACAAGCAGCAACUUCCGUUCGAAGAGGCCCUCGCCGAGAUACAGAAGAAGCACCGACCGAGCAAUCUGCGCAAUGCUACAGGCCUCGUGGGCAGAGAGGCCACGCUAAGUCUCGAUUCUUUCGGCGGCAUGGAUGAGCUUAAAGCGCUGCUGAGACUUUGCAUAGUCGAGCAGCUGGCAAACCCGGCACGCUUUCAACGGCUUGGCAUUCACCCACUGCGCGGCAUACUUCUGUACGGUCCGCCGGGUUGUGCGAAGACCACACUCGCCAAAUGUUUGGCGGCGGAAACCGGCAUGACCUUCCUGUCCCUGUCGGCGGCGCAAGUUUACUCGCCCUACGUGGGCGAUGCGGAGAAGCUUAUCACACGCGUGUUUAACGAAGCGCGCACGAAUGCACCGGCCGUAGUGUUUUUGGAUGAAAUUGACUCGCUCGUCGGCAAUCGUGGCACGGGCGGUAUGAAGGGUGGCUCCAGUGCCGUCAAUAUGGGCGUCCUGUCGACACUGCUGAUGGAGAUGGAUGGUAUCGGGCAGGCGGAACAGGCGGCCAGUGCGCUCAGCGAAGAUGCGAAGCGGGUAGUUGUGAUUGCGGCCACCAAUCGACCCGAUAUGGUGGACGACGCAUUGCUGCGACCGGGCCGGCUGACCAAACUGAUCCACGUACCGGCACCGGACGGGAAGGGACGGUUGGAAAUAUUGCGAAAAAUAGCGACCAACGUGCCCUUUGCGGAAGACGUUCAGCUGGAGCUGGUGGCGGAACAGACGGAACGAUACUCCGGCGCUGAUCUGCAGAACCUUUGCACCCAGGCGGCACUGAAUGCGGCAACGGAAGAUUUAAAUGCAACCGUCGUUACAAUGGCACACCUUCGGAGUGCGCUGCAAGACGUUCGACCAUCGUUGACGAAGGAACAGAUCGAUUGGUAUCACAGCUACGAGGCAAACCGGUUGCGAUAGCAGGAAUAAGUUUGUUAUCCUUCUGCAUACCUCCAACUGAGUAGAUUUAUUUUCGGACUCAGAUAAAGUUAACAAUCGGAAAUCAAUAGUCCAACGUAAAUUUGAUUGAAAAAUGUCUCGGAAUAUCCGAACAGAGGAACUACAGGUAAACAUUAUUUAUAACAAUCUGCGAGCAGACCCUCCUUCGGUAUGCUAUUUUCACGUGAAAAGGGCAUAUUAUCGUACGUCAAAUAGUUGUCAUUUGCUCACUGUAUAGCAAUUGUAAAAAUCAAGAGUAACAUUAUGAGCGCCGAGUGAUUAGGCAUUGAUUCGGUAGAAUCAAGCAGGGAUCGACUUUAAAUGUAUGUAAAAUGUUAACAU